GGUAAAGCAGGCAAAGCUGGAGUCAAAGGAGCCAGGGGCAUCCAAGGGGACACAGGAGUGGAUGGUCAGAAGGGGGCAGAGGGUGAAAGAGGUAUGUACUCCAAUUGACUUAGUUCAACCAAACUUGAUUACUGGUAAACAAAACCUUGAUCACUAAGGCUCAUUUCAAGUGAAAAUGCUCCUUUGUAGUGGCAUAGCUUCAGAGUUCACCCACAAACUCUCUGUUUUACUCCACAGGUACAAAAGGUCUGAAAGGAAAGAGGGGUGUGCCUGGUAAAGGUCUGCCAGGACACGAUGAGCAUCAAGGUAGGACACUGUUUACACUGGUGUGAAACUCUCAGGUCUACCUCAACAUUGCUUGUCUUAGAAUUGUUGGAAAGUAUCUGUAACUCACUUCCAGAUUCACUUGAAAAAGGAUUGUGUGGUUUUUAUUCAACAUUUAUGUUAGCAUGAAGUUAUUUUUCAAGAGAACUGUUAAGACGCCAUCUCCAAUUGUUAAAUUGUUUUCCCCACAGGGCUGCCAGGCCACCCAGCAGAGCCAAAGAAAGGUAUGGCAGGUCCCAGAGGGCCCACUGGUUUCACAGGCGCUUUGUGCCAGCCUGGCAUGGCGGGCAACGCAGGAGUGCCCGGCUUCUGUGAGGCACGGAACUGCAGCAUUCACGCGCCUGUGAUGCGUAAGGAGCAGGGCCUAGUGAAGGGACCCCGCGAUCUAAGCCCCAAGAUCUAA